UCAACUUUUUGGCGCACAAGUGUGUAUAUCUGGUUAGCGUACAAGUGUAUACUGGUUUUGAUAUAUUGUGUUCGAAUAUAUACACAAGAUUGAUUAAUUAAAAACAAGCAACAUCAAUCCAAGUAGACAUAACAAGAAGCAUAAGAAAAGCAUGAGCCAGAAGAAUAACGAAAAACCAAUGAAGUUCCAUAAAUAAUAAACUCUCCAAAUGUUAAAAAGAAAGUGAAAACUGACAAAGAAGACAUAAAUAUACGUUCUAGAGUUCUAAUAAAAUUAAAACAUGGUUACUUUCAGAACUUUAAAAAGAUAUAUUAAAGAAAAACUGGCAAGCUGACCACAAGUUAACGAUCAUCCCAUAUAUUUCUUGCUAUAUCAUCUCUAAUAGUUGACAUAUACGCAUCAGCCGUCGGAUCAUAAUUUCGAUCAACUCCAUGAUCAUCAUGAGAUGGAGAUGUGUUUCCUUCAAGACCAGCUUCAUAAUUCUCUGUUUCAUCGGCAUCAUUAAAGUCGAUGUCAUCUAUAUUAGAAUCUCGAAUAAAAUUAUGCAACGCCAUAGUUGCUGCAACAAUUUUUUUCUUGCAUAUCGACGUCAUAGCGAACACGACCUUCUAAAAUAGACCACUUUCCCUUCCACACUCCGAACGUCCUUUCAAUUAUUGACCGAAGAGAGGAAUGCCUGUUGUUAAACAUCUCUCGUACAGUGGUUGGUCGACGUCCAGCAAAAUGAUUUGGAUGGUAGGCCUCACCUCUAUAUGGAGCUAGGAAACCUCUUCUGUUAGGAUAGCCUGAAUCAACUAGAAAGUAUUUCCCCGACUUUGGGAAUGGGAAAAAGUUAUCAUGACGUGCACAAUAUGUCAAUAUCUUUGAGUCAUGUGCACGACCCGGAACUCCAAUACGUGUAUAUAUGAAUUUCAUAUUGAAAUCACACACUGCCAGUAUGUUCAUUGAAGUAUAAUUAUGAUGGUUCCAAUAUGUGAUCUUUUUAUUUCCACCAACACGUACACGAACGUGAGUACCAUCUAUGGCCCCGAUACAAUCUUCAAAAUAAGGAAAAUACCUCUUAUCAUGUAUGAUUCAUGGUGGUGUCUCAUUCAGUUCUUCUCUUUUCCAUGAAACUAUGUCUGAAUGCAAGCAACAUAGGGCAUUAAUAACAUCACUAAAUUUUGUUGUAACAGUCCAUUGUGCGACUUGGAACUCUGCUGCUAUGCUCCUUUGUGAUGGGUUAUGUCCCAAAAUCUUGAGAGACAUACCUAAAGCAACCUCAGCUUUUACCCAAUGAGAGUCUUUAAGACCGUAUGACUUUAGUGUAUUUAAGAGCUUAAGAAACACUCUUUGUUUCAUACGUAAAACAUGGAGGCAUUGUGUGUCGCUCUCAUACAUCAGUUGAUGCAUUAUACGUAGCCCACGUUCAGGAUCCGUUCUUAAUUUUUCUCUAAAGGAAAAACGACUACGCUCAAUACAUAAGAUGGCUUCAACAGCCUGGUCAUCAGCAUCAAUAGUUUCCAUGAUUGUUUUCAACUCCACGUUACUUGGUUCCUGAAACAAAUUAAACUUUUGUCAUCUAAGUUUCAAUAAAUAAAUAAAUAAGUAAGCUCAGAAGAAUCCACCGAAAACUCAAAUCAAACAAAACCAAAAGAAGAUACUCAUUGUCAAAAGUAAAAUGCAAACAUGAAAGCAAAAUUCCUAUGAAAAGAACAACUAAAGCUAAUCAUCAAAAAAAUCGUUACGGGACUCCUUAGUUUGACGUUUCAGAAAAGGUAGUUUCUCAUCAUCAGGAAGAGCCAUAAAUAAGCCCGCACAACAUCAUUUGUUGCAAUAAGGUCAAGUGAUGCCCAAUAUAGCUAUGUCAUUGGAAUUAGAUCAGGUAAUCCUCUCACACAUUUGACAACAAGAGCCAUACGUUCCUCAGUUGCAUUUGUUGACUUUGAUUUAGAUGUAGAUGAUGCCAUCUGUUCUAGAAUACCAUUUCGGUCUUCCAUGGUCGCAGCAAUACGAUCGAGCGUGGAGUCCACUGGAUUGCGCUUACGCUUUCGGCGAGAUGUAUCUUUCAUACUUUGUUGUGACGGCAUUACAGGAUCUGUCUCGAUAACAUUUGGAGUAUCUUUCAUUGGAGUUUCUAACCAGGCUGUGUCAUCUUGUUCCAUAAGAUCAAGAUCAUGUGAAUCUUGAAUCUGAACUUCUUCUUCAUCACUUAACUCAACUCGUGGAGUACGAUGAUAUACACCACGUCUUGGUUGCCAUGACUCCUCAACCACGACAGUUUCAUCUCGAAAUACCACGUCAAGAAGCGGUAUAAAACGCAACGGAUGUGAGCGAAAUUUCGAAGCUUCAGGGUAAGCCUUAGAAAUAAAAACAAAUAAUCACUAAAAAAAAAUAUAUAAAACAAGAAAAUUAACGUAACGUGAAAACAUGGCUUUAUGUGUACCUUGAUUUUGUCUUUCCACCAAUGCUCAGGUGCAUCAAUACUACCUGUUCUUCUAUUAAAUCCAAGACCAGUUGACCCAAAAGUAAUUCUACGAUAGAUUUCAUAUUGCUUUUUCAAAGUAUCAAGUCUGUUUUUCACUUUGUUCCAAGUGAUCGCAACUGGAAACUGUUUUUUAAAUUCUUUGAGAACAUUUUGCUUUCCCUGCUCACUCAAGUUUUUUCCUUUAGAAUUUCCAUCUUGUUUUUCCAGCGUUAUCAGUUCUAACAAGAAACGAGUCAUCUCAUCUGACCAUUGUAGUUUCUAUUCAAAGACCAGGUGAACAUAUAUCCAAUUACGAAACAUACAAAUAUAUAUAUAUGAAUGAUAUACUGGUCAUUCAGAGAAUUUAAACAACAAAACAUAUCAGAAAUCAUAAAACAAUAAACAGGAAUAAAAGCAUAGUCCACUUACGUUGUUCUCUUGACUUUCUUCUUGGUUGGAAAGCCAUGAUUUCAAUGGAUUGAUACUGGAUUAGGUUAACGUGAAUGAGAUAUUAUCAAAUAUACACAUAUAUAACGUUAAUUAAAAAUGGAUUAGUUAGGAUAUAUAGGUAGAUGUACGUGAUGUGGAUUAGUUUAGGAUAUAUAUGAAAUCUAAAUCUAAUUUAGUAUUUAUUAUUUUUUUUCAACCGCAACCGCCCGCAACCGCAAACGCUUGCGGGAAGGAGCUUUUGAUUUUGAGCGGUACAAAGUGGUUUGAAGUGGUACAAAUCGGUUCAUUUGAUUGUUUCGAAACGCUGUCAACCGCUACCAACCGCAAAAGCUGCGUUUGCGGGUGGUAGCGGGGAAACCAGUCAACACCUUAAUGUUUUGUUUAUGGUAUUAAUUUUUUUUGACUUUUUUGUUUUUGCAACUACGAUUAUUUUUAUUUAUUUAUACUUUUUUUUUUAAUUUUCAAAACGUAAUAUAAUCUGACAAUAUUUUGUUUCAUUUUUUAAAAGAUAUCGAAUUUGAAAUAUUUGUUUGUUUAACAAAAUUUUUGGAGGCCUAAGGCCAAUGUUUCGUUAGGCUUUGCCCAGGACCGGGUCUGGUUUUACUAGCUAGUGUUGUUAUACCUGGUAAAUUGUUUGUUUAACAAAAUAGGCUACUGACUUGCGUAGAUUCUUAUAGGAACUCGAUGUCUUUGCAAGCGAACUUGAAGAAAUCAAGCCCAACGUCAGGGACAUGCUCAUGUCCUCUUCCCCAGCAGAAUUAGGUCAUGGCUCCGCGAAGAGGAAAGUACUUUUGAUCUAUUUGAUGACCAGUCUUGGCGUUGCCUAUCAUUUUGAGAAAGAGAUCGAAAAGACCUUGGCACACGCCUUUGAAAAGAUAGAUGAUAUGAUUGCAAAUGAACAUGAACUUUACACAAUCUCCAUCCUCUUUUGGGUUUUCAGAACAUAUGGUUACAACAUGUCGGCUGAUGCGUUCAAGAGAUUCAAAGGGGAUGACGGAAUGUUUAUGGACUCCUUAGCCAAGGAUGCGAAGGGCAUGUUGAGCUUGUAUGAAGCCGCUCAUUUGAGGACGACAAGAGAUUAUAUAAUGGACGAAGCACUGAGUUUCACAAUGAAACAUAUGGAGUCGUUGGCAGGACAAGUAAGGCCUCAUCUCUCAAGGCUUAUACAGAAUGCUCUUGGUCUUUCUCAACACUGGAAUAUGGAGAUAUUAGUUGCUAUGGAAUUUGUCUCAUUCUACGAACAAGAAGAAGACCAUGACGAGACACUACUCAAGUUUUCCAAGCUCAAUUUCAAGUUACUACAGCUUACAUACCUUAAGGAGCUCAAAAUGGUUACAAAAUGGUACAAGGAGCUCGACUUUGCAUCUAAGUUGCCACCUUAUUUCAGAGACAGAAUCGUGGAGUUACACUUUUUUGUGAUAUCGAUGUAUUUUGAGCCACAAUUCUCAAGUGCGAGGAUUAUGUUGACUAAGUUCUACACGGUCGAAACCAUUACCGACGACACCUUCGAUCGAUAUGCCUCUAUCUCUGAAGCUGAAAACCUCGCCAAUAGUCUAGAAAGAUGGGCUCCUGAUAAAGACAUGGAUACACAACCAGAUUAUUUGAAAUUCGUGUUUACAUUUAUUUUGGAUGUAUUCAAAGAUUUUGAAGGAGAAGUGGGGUCAGAAGGAAGAUAUUACAGCGUGAAAGGUGCAAUAGAAGAGUUCAAAAGACUCGUGAAAUCAAACCUUGACCUUGCCAAAUGGGCGCAAAUCUCUCAUGUGCCUAGCUUUGAGGAUUAUAUGGAGGUUGGCGAGGUUGAGAUCACGAUGUAUGCGACUAUGGCAGGCACUUUGAUGGGUAUGGGACAUAUUGCUACGAAGGAAACCUAUGAGUGGCUCAGAUCAAGACCCAAAGUUAUCCAAUCAUUAUCUAUAAAUGGGCGUCCGAUGAAUGACAUGGCCGGUUUCGAGGAUGACAUGAGUAGAGGAUAUGUAACUACUGGUGUCAACUGUUAUAUGAAGCAAUAUGGAGUUACAAAAGGCGAAGCUUUUAAGAAGCUUCAUCAAAUGCGUGUACACAACGAAAAAAUAGUGAACGAAGAGUUCUUGACGAUAAAAGAUGUGCCAAGGAGAGUUCUCAAGGAAGACAUCAAUUGUGCACGCAUGACCAACGUUGCCUACGGCUACGGUGAAGGAUUAACACAUCCUGAAGGAAAAAUUAAGGAAUAUAUUAUUUCUCUUUAUGUUGAACUGAUUCGUCUGUAAAGACAUUGGUUGGAACCACUGUUAAUGAAUGUGACCACUGGUUUGGCAUCUGCUACGCCGGCCUGCGCGGGCUAUAUACAGUCUUUGAAUCUUUAUUAUUACAAAGUCGUUUUA